AUGCGAUUAAACUUACUAAACAAAUUCUAUACAGAAUAUCUGGAUUCUUCAGACAAAGAGACAGAAGCCUCAACAGGGGAACAAGAGGCUACCCAGGACGUACUUACUGAGGAACCAGCCGACAAACCGGAAUCAGCAACCCAGGAAUCGGAACCUGCGGGUGAAGGACCUAAAGAGAGGCUUUACGCGAUGAACGGAAACAACAGAAGUACGGACUAUAGCAGCUUUAGAAAUCUGUUGAUUUUAAAUACCUAG